AUGAAUAAUUUACUGGGCUUUUUGUCCUUACUGCUGGUGGAAUGGCCCCUAAGUGGAUCAGGUAAAACAAAUCAUUACUUCAAAAGUUUGGGGAAGACAUCUGGCAUUGUAUCACGAUUGAUGCCAUGUUUGACAUUUUUUAAAAAGGUAAACUUUUUAGUUGAGAUGUUUACUCUCCAACACGAGCAAGCAUCAGUGUUGAGUUUAAAUGCUAAGGAGUAACCUUUGCUACGGAGGGCAAUAAUGGAAACCCUACAGUCAUAGCAACUUUUGUUCAGCCUUCGCUAUUUCGGAAAGUAAUUCCCUUGGGAUGAAUGCACUGUGGAAUCACAAACACAGUACUAUAAAGGAUGAAGUGAAUUUGGGUGGUGGCUAAUCUUGAAAGAAAAGUGAAAGAACAGAAGCGGAAAUAACAGCAUGAUUUCUGAUCGCAAGAUAUUUAAGUGUAUAUCUUACGGCUAAGAAUGAAAUACCUCUUCUGAUCCAACAAAUUCCAUUAUCCACUAGGCCAUUUCCGAGCUGCCUCGAACUUUUUUUUUCAAAACGAGGCUGCGUGCACAGCGUUUGAUAUGAUUGUGAUUCAUAUUCUUAUGCAUUUAACAACAAUUUGACCUGACUGAUUUUUCCUGAGACCAGAGAGAAGAGCUAUUAAUAAGGUUAAAAUGACAUAAAUCUCUAAAUGCAGUACAGUCACUGAAUCACGAGAUUUGAUUCCCUCACACCGUUGAAAGCUUAAGAUUCUAAAAUUUCUGGCAUUACCACGGCAACAUGAUGCUUUAACAGAAGAAACCGGAAAAUAGGGACCGGUCAUUAUUUAUCCCGGGGGGGGGGAUAUUGGUUGAGACAACGGAGCACCUACGUGGUCCCCCCUUAAAGCAUACAGUGUGGUUUUGAUCCCCCGCAUUGGCGGUGGGAGAUUUCAUGAUCCCCCCUCUUCUAUCCCAGCCACCACAGAAAGCCGCCAGUGUUAGUGCUGCCAAGAUGCGAAAGCACGCAAUUCUAUAAUUUGGACGCUCUGGACCAGCUACAAGUCCUGACGAAAGACACGGCAUCGCCAGAAAAUGAGUCAUGGGAACAAUUUCUGCUUCCUAACUCACAUACCGAUAGGUUGAAGUUUUACAACAGUGUUGUUAGGUAGAUUUAUGAAUCUUCUAUUUGUAGCAAACAAGCCGGAUUCAAACAGUAUCUCCUUGAAUAACAGCAAAUGCGCUGGCAGUUAAACACAAAAGUAAAAGAUAGGGAAAACAACCUUCUGCGAAACGAGAAGUGGGGAGUAUAUCAAAAUAUCACAAAAUUCAUUGCAGGCGUGGAUGGUUGCAAGAGUAGCGAUGACGUUGUCAAGUGUGAGUCCUUCUUGACCACUAAAAGUGACACCUUGACAUCCUCGGCAUAUUUGUUAUCAUUCAUCGACAAUCAAGCGAAAAGUCUUUUAUAGAGAAGAUCAUUCUCCAAAACCCUUCUUCGACGAGCUGAAAUAUUUUCAGGAAGCUCAAAAACGAGUAAAGGUGCUCCACGAAAAACUUCAAGAAGUCUCAAAUAAGCUGGCAACAACCCUAAUAAACCUGAAAAGGAAGUUUCCAUCUCGCAUUGGGAAAGAUCGACAAUCAAGAACAAUAGAAAGGUGAAAAACCUAAAGGAGAAGCGUUCACAACAGAGGGCAUACUUGCUUCUCAAAAGUACUCACCUCAAGAGAGGAAAGGUGUUUAAUGCAAUCAAAACUAACAACAGUUUUACAAGCAUCACUCUAAUCAUUUGUUGAUAUACUAUGUAUCUAUUUCUUACUUCCGUUGUUGUAAUUUGUAAUGACGGUAUGCCGCCACGUUUAUCGAAGGUUCUUAUUACAGGGAUACCUUUCAAUGACUCUAAAGAAUUUAAAACAUGGAAAUUUGUGGACAUUUAAACUAUAGAACGUAAACACUUUUUAGCAUCACGUUUAAUACAUACGCACAACCACUGACUAUUUCAUUAUAUUAGUCCGUGUCUGAACAAGGUCAUCGAAAAAAUAACCGCUUCAAAUAAUUUUUGCCUUUUCUUUCCUCGUCCCCUCUUAAUGCCUGUCAAUUAUCUCUGUUCUCUUGAAAAUCGUGUGAUCCCCAAAAUCCUCCGCCCCCUUCAGGGCGACAAAUAAUGACCGGUCCCUAAGUGUUCAUUUAAAAGAAGGAAUUUAAUUCGCAGUCAUGUUUUUUCUUGCAGUUGCACUACCACAACAUGGACCGUAUCUAAGUCCAAGUUACCAAAGAUCUUCAAGGGUCAAAAGCGAGAUUCAAUCUUAUCCGCAUAAUUCUGUUACACAAAGACUUCCAAAGGCUAAUCCGUGGGGUCGCUAUGGGGUUUCUCCUUGGACAUCACAUGGAACUUACCUGGAUAAAAACUAUCUCAAAAGUAUCUCAAAGAAGGCUGAUUUCCGUACCCAUAAAACUCUAGCCAAUACUAAAAACGCGGCAUCUCGGUUGUAUUGGAAACCACAACUAAGACAAAGCAUGUUUCCUUUGUCAAAUGAAAGAACAAAGAAAACGAGUAUUCCUCAUACGGGAAGAUCGUUCAGACUUAGACCCACCAUUAAAAAGACAACGCUUUCUCCAGAAUCACGUUGGGCAAGAAACCAAGUAGACCGUAAAAAGAAGAAAAAACAGUUCAUAGUAGCAAACUGGGGUGGCUUAGGACUUGGAAAUGGUUAUGCACUUGGGUUAACAGGGACGCCAACGGCCACGUAUAGCGCGGGACUCGGAACGGGUUACGGGACGGGUCUGACUACAGGUCUUGCCUCUAAUUACGGCGCUGGGAUUGGAACUAUGCUUGCAACCGGGACAAAUUCCUUGGGUUCAGAGGGAGUCUUAGAUACCCGGCAGAAUUUUGGCACAAACUACGGUACGAGCAACAGCCAAAGUUCUCUGGGAUUAAGCGACCUUUCUGCAGCAGGACUUAGCUCCUUGACAUCCCAAACGGGAGUAAAUUAUUUAUCGAAUUUAGCUGGAGGAGGAGAAACAUCUGAUUUAAAUUCUUUGAACUCCAUAAACCAAUACCAAAACAGUGAUUUGGAUAUCUUGGAUAAUAAUAGGAAUUCAAAUACUGGAUUAGCCGGGCUUAACUCUUUCGAUGGAACUGCACAGAGUCAACAAUAUGCUGGGAACAAUAAUCUGCAAAACUCUUUGGAAGGGAAACUUACUGUGGGUGGUGGAGGAAGACAGGGAAUUGGAGGAUGUAAGUUCACAUGAUUUUUUCAUUAACUCCUUAGUCGUUUUUUGCAGUAAUUUAUGAAUCGGUACAGUAGAACAGAUAAAUUGCAAGAAGGGGAAUCCGAGGCCAAUGUAGGCCCUACCUUGUGCACAGAUACAUUCUGUUGACUAGACUAAAGUGGUUUUCAAUGUAUCGUCCUUACUAAUAAUUAUGAUAAUUAUGAUAAUGAUAAAUUUUUACCACCCUAAUAGACCUUUUUAGAUUUUAGGUCGUAUUUUCCCAGUUAAGACCACGUGAUGUUCUCAAGAGAAGUUGCCCUUUUCAUGCGUUACGCACACAUAAUUAUGCUGGUGUGGAGCGCGUCAUUUGAAAGAAUCAAUUUUCUUAGGUAACGUCACCUGGUCUGCAUUGAACAGACAAGCUUAAAAGGUACAUUAAAGGGUAUCGUCCCUUGAAAAACGCUAUGACUAAUUAGUUUGCACUCAAGGAUUUGGAUCUUGAUAACGUAUCUCAAUCUAGGAGCAACUCUGAGCAUUACAAAUUUCAUAGCUUUCAUAAACGUUUUAUAACUUUCUAUCUUAAGUAUAAUUUGAUGAAGGUGGCACCAUUUUAAAUACUGAAACUUGUUAUUGCUUUCAAACAGCAAUGGAUCUUGGCAUGGAUGGAUUAAGUGACCUUGGUGGAGGCAACAGCAUGUCUGAUAGCUCCCUGCAGCAGCUCAUAGGGCAAAUAAUGAACACUGGUGGAGGAGGAGGGGUAGGGGCUGGUGGAGGGAGAAUGGGAGGGGCACGUGUAAACGACAAUAGCGACAACAUGGAAGGGGACAUGGGAAAUCUUGACCUUGGAUCACUCGGAAUUAAUCUUGGGGGAAUGGGAAAUAAGCAGGGAAAUGGAAUGGGAAACGCAAUGGAUAAUGAGAUGCAAGACCUCGGAGGGAUAGAAAAUAGCAUGGGAAACGAGAUAGGUGGUAUGGGAAACGCAAUGACAGGAAUGAGUAAUGGAAUGACCGGAAUGAGCAAUGGCAUGGGAGGAAUGGGUAAUGGAAUGGGAGGAAUGAGUAAUGGAAUGGGAGGAGUGGGUAAUGGAAUGGGAAUAGGAGGUGCCGGAAUAGCCAUGGGGAUGGGAGGUAUGGGACAUGGGAUGCACAUGGGAGGUAUGCAUAUUGGUGGGCAUGCUGCAGGGACUAUGGGAGGCCAGGAUAUGACUAACACAGAGGUGAGUGAAAUAAAGCAAACACUCAGCGAGACUACAAACGUCUAUUUUACGAUAAAAGAGCCCUGCUAAGUUUAAAACUGUGACGGAAUCGUCAAUUGGUCAAAUAUGCUGAUACGCAGAGCAAGGGGAAGGGGAGAAAGGUGGUUGCCUCUACAAAAAUUUAUAUUCUAAAAAGAAUGUUUCAGCAACAAGUGACAGAAGACAUUUCUGAUGUCGUUAUAUAUGGUCGGUAACGAAAGUACAAUAUUAUAGUUUUAUAAAGGCGCAUUUUUAAGGUGACUCUUUCAGCGCUGCUUUAAGACAUGGCCUGAACAAUCCUUCCUUUUCCUAAAAUAGCCGAUGGGUUACAAGGAAAAACACCCGCAAAUAAUUCAUCUUUACUUUGUGUCUGUCAUGUGUUUAAAUACCCAAUAAUCUAAUGUGUUACUAUCCCAAUAAAGGCUAGUGACAACUAUGAACGAGGCAUCCAGUUUUUUGGUUUUCUGUCCUGUGUAUUUGGAUAUAUGUCACGUGAAUAUUGCUGUCUUGGAUCAAUUCUGUGCUUAGGCAGUACUUAGUGCCUUUUCCCAUUCCUAAAAUACUCCUGGAGAAGAUAUGAAACAAAUUUCACCAGGAAGCACUAACCUUACAGCUGAUUUCAGUGCGGCGUAUACACCCUGAUUUUUAGACAUGAUUCGACGGUCAUGAUUCGACCGUCAUGAUUCGACCGAGAGGUUACCAAGCAGUAUAGUAUUUAUCCUUGAGUAUCCUACAGCAAUCAAAGCAUACAAUCUGAAAGUUACUUUGAUGAUAGCUUGAAUAUUUCUCUUGUAACGCAGAAAAAGAGGACUGUGAUCCAUAAUUUUUUCUCCUUUUCCGGGAUAACAGCUUCUCAUACAGUCACGCAAUCUAAUCGCAAUACAUGUUAUCGGGCGUGUGGACGUCUCGAUCAAUAAGUUUUUCGGCUCUUUUCUCAACUUGUUUUAGGCUUUUACCCUGAUCUUUAAGGAAAUAUCAUAUUUUACCCUUUUCCAAAAAAAACAAAUUUUGCUUUCUUUUAUGUAUGGUUUUCUUUAUUUGUGCUUACUAGGGUCAUAGGUCGAGGAUCGAACACCGUGAUAUUUUUCAACGGUCGACAAAACAAAACUUUCAAACCCUCCAGCAAAUUCUUUCACAACGGCAGACUGAUCAAUUUAUCUGUUGAUUUCUUCGGCAAAACGUCAAGGUUUCCUGUUAUUUUUUAACCCUGCAGAAGCUAAGUAAGGACGAAAAAGUACCAACUUGAAGAAAUACAAAUUUGCCUCCCUGUUAACUAAAUUUGCAUCACUGUUACAUGUAAAUUGCGGGUGGUAUUCACCAACGGCAAAACACCGAAACCUUGUCAUACGGAAGAAGACAAACGAUUAACCGUCGGACUAUUUCGCUUUUCGCCGUGUUGAUAAUAUUUCGUCCAUUAUGAAAUCGCCUACAGAAAUACAUUCGGACUCGGCAAUCGAACUCCAGGUUUAUCACCUGAUCAAAUGUUAUCAUAAUUUCUGUAUCAUGUCGCUGCUUUCCAAGCAACAAAGCUUUCCUCUUCAGGUAAAACGCAUUUGCCGGGAUUCUAGCUUCGUUAUACUUAUGUCCUUUAGUGUUAAGCUUUCCAGCCAGAUUUUUCUCUCACUGUUUCGGAUCCCACGGCAGAACUCUCAAUUAUUUUCGCGACCGUUUACGUACUGCGAAGCGAUACGUCACGUGAUUAGUGUCGAAUCAUGACAAGUGGAAUCAUGACCGUCGAAUCAUUUCUGAAAAUCCGGGUGUAUACAUAGCAAUGAAAUCAGCUGUAAUCAUUUUGUGUUGUUUUUUUUGCAAGGAUAGCAUUAAAACGUUAAUACGUUCGCCAAUUUAACCCUUGUCCAUCCUUACCAUAAUUAGCAACAGCAGACAGGAAACAGUUUCAAUGCCUACAUGUACUCUUAGAUAAAAAAAAGGACCGUUAUUUUUGGAAGUCACUUCAGGAAUGCCAAGACACGUUUUAUUUUUUUAAAAGAUAGCAAAUAGCCUAACAUGACCCUUUAAGAUACCAAUCGAGUGACACAAAAAGUUUGAAGUUCACAUUUAGAUACGUUUUUUACAGUUCCUAAGCAGUGAUUCGUGUGUUUUAUUGUUUAUUAAUCAGGCAGACGAUGCACAGCCGUCUGACUCCCCUGAUGAGCAGCCUAUGACAGGUUUCGGCAUGCAACGUCCACUGGCCAUUGCGCCUAUCGUACCUGGACAAACUGUGCAUGCGCACGCUAGUGACAAGCCAAAACGACCAUCCUAUCCGACAUCCGACGUCUCACCAGCAGAUAUGGCAUUGAAGGUUCAACUUAAAGCACAUAGAGAACAUCAGAUAAAACUUAAGGUGAGAUAUAAUGGAACGGCAUUUAAUUUUUUUACGGGUGGCCAACGCGACCGUUGUAAAGUCUGCCGAGUGUUGGCUAUUUCCUACGCCGAGUUGUUCAAAGCUGGGUUAAGAUUCAGGGCGGAAAAAUGUAAUGAGCGUGCGUGAACUUUUUUGCCCAGAUCCCAUGGCCGGGUUUGAAAAUAUGGCGGGAUUUCAAAUAUUUUUAAGCCUAAAAAUAAAAUGUUUCCACUCAUAACCUGGAAAGAACAAGCAAUUUGUCUUCAAAUGUUGCAAGCUGUGGUUACAACCUUCUCAUUACUUAAUUUUCUCGAAGAAUACCUCAUGGUAAAACGGACUUUAACGACAUUAAUUUCCUUGCGUUGUACUGAGCAUGCGUAGGUCCGAUUUUUUUCAAGAUGUAUUCACAAAAUGUGUUCAUAUAAGGAAGUUCCUGGAUAUAUAAGGUCCGGAGCUCCACUGUGGACACAGAAACAACAUAUCUUUGUACAGUGAUUUGCCCCCAAAAAUUAACGCUUGCCCACAAUGUGUUUGAAGUCACCUAACUUUGUCGCACUCGAGCUGAUAGUUUAAAACCCACGCUCGAUCGGACACUUGUAGCUUCGCAGAUGACUAAAAUAUAAACAAAAUCCUCAAUAUAGAUUAGUUAUUGCGUUGAUAUGUGGGCAGAAAUAGGUCAAUCUUUAUCUAGUAAAAUCUUCCCAAAAAUCGGUUUCAAAGUAACUAUAGUUUUUUAAACUUGAUCGUUUCACGCAGAUUUUGCUUUGUCGUGUUGUCAAGUUGAACAUGCAUCACACCUGUCAAAAACCUAGCUACGCGUAGGUAAGAUUUCCUUCAAACAACGUUAAAGUUACUUUGUUGCAAAAACUUUAAGCUCGCAAAGAGAUGAGACAAGCAAAGAACAAUUCCAUCAUGCACAAAAUUCAGCUUAAGUGAACUUUGAAAAAAGCUUCAAUUGUGUUCGAUAAGGUUGCAAAACAACAAAUUAUCAUUAAAAAACAUAAGGCUAGAGACUCUUGGCUGACAAUGACAUUGAAAUUUCUGUACGAAAACAACCUACCUAAAGAUCUUAAAAGCAAAAGAUCAGUUGGAAGCUUCGCAGCCAAGCUAUGAUUCACCGUUUAGCCAUUUUUAAUAACUGGUCCAUGCGAGGGUCUUCAUUCAAGCAAAUUAAACUCACCAAAUCAUUAGGAAGUACAGAAAACUGCACAUAAGGGUUUGUUUUGCAAACAACUGUUUUGAAGUCACUGCAGGCAGUUGUCGUUCUCUACUUCACAGCGAGUGAAAAGGAAAAUUUGCGUAGAGAAAGAAAACAAAACUAUUAAAUGAAAAAUAAAAAAAAAAAAUGAAACCUCUGACUAUGAUUACUUGAGCAACAGAAAAAGGAUCGAGUGAAGGUAAAUUAAAAAAUCUGGGCAAAAAAGUAACCGUUACUACUAAUAACAGAAUACAAGCGGGUUUUCAUUCAGCCCGGCGAUGGGAGGCGAAGCACUGGACACAAAAUCAACUCACAACUCGAAUGCACAAUUAACAGAAAAAUACUCUCCUCUUUGAAAAUGUUCAAAAUGUUUAUUCCACCUCAGACUGACGGAAUGAUCCGUUUUUCCUUUAACAUUGGUUGUUCUGAAUCCAAAGUAAUUUUCAAGUGACGAAAAACAACAAGACCAACAACAAAAAAAAAGAAUAAAAAUGCUUUACAGACCUCUACAAGGAGCAAACGUUCGCACCUCGUGCAUUUGACAAAGAAAGGACGGUCGACACGGCCAAUCAACACACAGAAAAGCCCGCCGUGAGCCUGCGAUAAGGGAUGCGCAGAAUCUUGCGCAGAACGUUUUUCCGAUCUGAAGGGUUAAGAUAAAACAGGGUUAGUGCGAGGUUUAGAUUCAGAUUUGAAAGCUUAAGAAGCAUUUUAGCUUUAAUUCUUUUUGUCUACAAGUUGAUGAUUGGAAGUUCUAAAGAUAACAGAGAAAAUUAUCCAAGAAAAUGCUUUUGAACAUAAGAAAAAGAAACCAGGUUAAAUUUAACCCCGGGUUAAUCACUAAUCGGCCUUCGAACAACUGGGCUGGGUUACAAUGUUAAGGUUUUAACUUUUAAAUUUAAGAGUUUUAAAUUUGUUGAAAAAGGGUUACCUAUUUGUAUAGUUCUAUUUAAACAGGACUUUCAUUUUGAAAGCUGUUUAAUUUUAAAGUGUGACUUCACUCGAACUGCUAAAUCAUUUGUGUAAAGCCUGAGAGUUCCCUGCUAGCAGAGAGUUCUCUCAUCACGGCACGAGAAAAUGACAGACAGAGAGAGACCUCUGCAGGCCCCCAAUGUGUUAUCUAUCACGCGUGUACAUACAUGUACUGGCGUUUCUUUAACAACCAGCAACAUUUUAGUCAUUUGCGAGACAACUUACAGAACCGGUUUGCGCCAUAACAACUGUACGUGGGAUCAGAAAUUUUCAGGUUUAGUCUCAACAGGACACGUGCAUUCCACCUUAAGCAAAACACUUUGAAAACCAGCAACUGUCUACCACAAAUGUGGUCGGCGACUACAUGAAAGAAACACGUCGAAGACCGGCAGAGGUCUCUCACUUUCCUCUCCUUCUUCUCUGGCCGUGAGAGACCUCUGCCAGCGGGGAAGCCUGAGAGCAAGUUCUCUUUUGUUUUGGAGAGGGAAUUGGGUCAGAAAAUUUGUAUACAAUACUGGCAUUUAAUCUGAGAAAAAAACAUCCUAUUUCUCCAAAGGAAUUGAAAAUGAAACUUAGAAGGCUUCGAGAAAAAUUGCGGAGAUUAAAAACUGAAUACAAAUAUAGUGAUGAUGAGGAAGAAACGGAAAAAUCAGAAAUGGAGACACUAAAAGACCUGAAGAAAGCCACCGAGCAGGCGAUCAGGGAACUUCAAGUGGAGGCCGCUAAAGCUGACAAAAGAAAAGGUUGGUUCAUUUGAAAAAAAAAAACAAAAACAAAAACAAAAAAACAAAUGAUUUGUUAUCACGCGUUCUUGAUGUUUUGAUUUUUUAAAGUCUUCAUCUUUAGACUGAAUUGGUGGCCGAACUUUUAACUGGUUUUUAGACAAGGAGAGAACAUUUUUUAUUCAAAACGUAGUUUAACCCUUCUAGUCACCUCAGUGCGAAUUGAAAUUAUUAGAAACAGAGGAAAAUCAGGAAAAAAUGAGUUUUAAAUUUCAAGUGCUUGAUAACUGGUAGAUAUUUUAUUCAAAUAAAAAUAAAAUAACUUGAGUGAUAAGAUAAACGAUUUGCUUGAUUUUUAGCUUGCUACUGUUUUAUCAUUACAAUAGGGUUACAUAAUUGGUUUACAUUGUAUUCCUUUUUUAGUAAAUCUUUUAUUGAUAACAAAGCUAAUUAUAAAAAAAUCCUAUUUACAAUUAAUUUCACUAUUCAGUCAAAGCACAAUUUACAUUAUUCCUUUCCUUAAUAAUAAUAAUAAUAAUAAUAAUAAUAACAAUAAUAAAACCUCAAGUGUCAUUAUCACGAAGGAAAAUCGUUUUCACUAUUAUUCAUUGACACUACCUUAUUACUCACAAAAUAAUAUUGUCCAAUUAAUUAAAGAAGAUAAAAAGAGAUAGUACAAAGAUAAACACUACCUAAUUCUAAUUUAUUUUUAAAAAACCAAUAAAAUGUUAAAGUUUAAAAUAAAUUUCAAUUUUAUCCCUUUUAACGACAGGUGUCAAGAAACUGAUAUUCAUUCAUAAUGUUCCUGAAUCAGGAAAGACAAGUGGCCUGGAGGACCUGGGAACGGACUUGCUGGCUCUUAUUGAGUCAAACAAACCAACCUCCGGACCCACCGCUAAUGGCCCUUCUCGUUCAAGGCCUCUUGCUCUUACACCGGCUGCUCCAGCAACUCAGAAAGCUCAAAAAAAGGGGCCCAUCCAGGACGAUACAAAUUCACUCACAGAACUUGAAAAACAGGCUGAACAGGAAGUGAAUUUUAUGACAAACAACAAAGACAAAGGUAUUGUGUUUUUAACACUUUAAGCUCCCUGUGAAAGGUUUUAAGCUCAUUUCACAAACUCUAUUUCUUACAAGGGAGAGAAUGCCAUUUAAGUUCGAAAGGAAAUAAUUCUUUUUAAGACAUUCACUGAAAUUUUUUUUAAAACAUUCACUGAUGUUGAAAAGAGGUUAGUUUACUUCUUCCCCGCUUGUUAUUUUUGCCCUGGCAUGAUUACCUAAUAGACCUUGUCACGGUUUUCGACGCCAUCUUGACGAGUAGGAAAAUGCGUGAGAAAUUACAGUGUUUGUCUGAGAAUCUAAUGUCGAAUAAUUUCCUUAGAACGGCUGUUCUGAAAAAGAAUAUGAAUUGUAAACUAAAGCUUAAUUCCUAAGGAUUCUACUGAAAAAAUUGACCAGAGGGCGUUACUUGCGCUAGAAGACCUAGAACCACUUUUUAAAAUUUUCUAUACAUUUAUCUGUAAGAAAGUCCCGGGAAAAAUUACAGGAAAAUAUAUGGAAAAACUAAAGCAAGCCUCUGGAGAAAUUUAACACAGGUACGCCCCAAAAAUGUAUAGCACAAUCCUUUGUUUUGUAGCUUUAGUUUACAAGUCAAAUUUUUUUCAGAACAGCCAUUUUAGGGAAGUUAUUCGACAUUAGAUUCUCAUACACACACUGUAAUUUCUCACGCGUUUGCCUAUUCGUCAAGAUGGCGUCGAAAACCGUGACAAGGUCCAUUGGGCCACGGCCUCAAGCAGUCCAGUUUCUCUUUCCCGUGAAUUUUUUGUGGACGUUUAUAAACCCAAGCAUCGAUUUGAGGAUGAAAAGUCUCUUCUGGUGUUCUGAUCGGCUGGGUUUACCACAUGCUCUAUUUUACAGCUGUUUUUGUAAUAACAAUACCUAUCACGAUGCUACUUGUUUCAGAGAAUCACCGUUUACACAACUUCAAAGGGCAUGUGCAUGUAUGCCCGUACUAACACCUGAUUUUUCCAUUUCUAUCGCCAUUGCAUUUUUCACUACUAAUGUCACAGCCGUAACCGAUAUCAUUAUCAUAAUCGCACCAUGCCAACUUGAGCCAAUACCUAUCCCAUAAUAUGCACAUUGCCAUUUCUUUGUAUGUAUCAUCAUCGAACUGUCUCUAUUGUAAUUGCCAUGAUCUUUACAGUAACCAAUGACACUAAUUCAAACGUAUUGGCGUUAGCAUUAGCAUUAGUUACAGUCAAACCAAGUCAAGCGUACCCCCCAAGAUUCUAUUCAUAAAUUGAUUUUUUGAAAAAUGAACCCGUUAGUCGUUCCCGUAACUGGUGUCAAAUUCAAAGCGACAUUUCUGCAUGCGUAAUGAGCAGUGAAUAUUUUACGAGAACUUCUCUGUAUUUGGUCAGAUUGGAAAUCUUUGAAUGGAUUAAACUUCUUAGAAGACAUUUACAUCAAUUUCAGGAAAAUGGAGCUGGUAGAAAUUUCAUAACUGCCUCGCGUGUAAAUUCACGGCUCUUUACACAUGCAAGAAUGCACAGAUCAAUCUGAAAUCUACAACUAGCAACGGAUUCAACUUUUGAAUAAUAAAUUCAUUAAUGGAUUCUUGGGGGGUACGCUUGACCUGGUUUGACUAUAAAAUAAUGCAUAUGCAAUGCCAAUACCAUGGCUACUAUCAUUUACUUAGCAUUCGCAUUCCCAUCGACAUUACCGAUGGUAUUAUUAUUGUCACCGUCAGUAACAGCAAUUCAUAAACAUUCCAACCAUUACCAUUGUGGUUCCCGUUACUCUCACCAUUCCUAUUAGGAUUACUAUGAAUUUUAGCAUAAACAUUACCAAUGCCAUCCCCAUUAUCAUCAACUUCACUUUUUUUCUUGCUGGAAGCCUCACCAAAUACAAUGAAACCAGGAUUAGAUAUAGAAAUUCCUGGUAAAUACAUAAAGCCUUUCGUCAUUAUGAUAUUAGCCAUACAGACUGUAAUACUAUCGUCAUGACUAAGGAGUCCGAAAAGGUACUUUUUUUCAAAUUUCAAUUCCACAGCUAAACAGAAUAGGCUGAAUCCAGGACUAAAAAUUAAGAUUCCAGGUAGGCAGUAUGCAUUAGUGUAUCCUUGAUCUUGCCUGUAUAUUCUGUCGCGGAAUCCUUAUCAACUCAAUGAAGUUUGACGUUCUGCACGUGAUUAGGAUUUGGAAAACACGUAAAAAAAAAAUCCUGAGACAGGGAAAAUGAGCUCCCUUUAAGCUCCCGCGACAACGGCCUAAUAAUCACUAGAUAACGAUCCCGCGAAGGAAUCAAAAGUUUAUGCUUUACGAGGAGGUGACCAGUUCUUGAUCAAUGCAGUUUAUAGGUUGUCACACAGGGAGUGCGACAAACAAGAGAAAAUAACCUUGUAGUGGAUUCAGGUUGACAGACCUAUUUUGGGCCCCGAUGUUCAGAUCAUCUCUAAUUACAAUCCCACUCGCCAAAAAAAUUAAGUUGAACGUUCGGAAAUGCGUCCUUUGCAAAACUUCGUUCUUUCUCAAUCAACUGUCACUUAAUUUGCAGAACCGGUAGAAGUAUCUCCAAAUCAUAGUGCAAGUAAGUAAAACGUUUUUAGACAUAGUGUUAAAUCAGUUAAGGAACCUGGUAUUAACUUAUUUUCAAAGAAAGGUUAAAAUUAAGAAUCAGCUUCAGUUGGCAGAGUUCUCGCCACAAAACAAGUCAAGUUAGUUUUGUCAACUUAAAAUUUCAAUAAAUCUUUUAAACAAAAUAAAACAUCAUGAGGCUUUUGAUGCAAAAAAUUACGCUGACAAAAAUGCUUACUGUUCCGAGAAAGUUUCUCGCCGAAAUUUUGGCAAAUGAGCUACAAAACUGAAACUGAAAAGACCGUCACGGUCUAUUCAUUAAAAAAAUAAUUCACAGCCCCCACUUUAUUGACUCUAACUAGCCUUUUGUCUUCCCCUAAUUGAACAUUUUUGCCGGAAGAAAUACGUUGCCAUGUUACAUGUUGCGUUUUCCUCAGAGUAAAAAUAACAAGAAUAGUUAGUUCAGGAUCUUUGUAAUAGUAAAUCGUGCUGGCAGGGAGAAGGAAAAGUGGGCGGCUAUAGUGCAAAAUACAGCAACAUGAUAUACACUACUUUCCAUACGGAUGGAAAAGAAUUCAUCAAGACUGACUGACUGCUAAUCUUGUCACUAAAGGUUCCAAAGCAGCAGACAUCCGCAUGCAUGUGUUUGGGGCACAAAUUGCCUCACGAAGAAAUGGAUAUCGCAUGAGUCCAAGUAUGCAUCAGAAAAUUAUCUAAUCAAGAAAUCCUAAUAAUAAAAAGGGAUUUGAGAAAGCUUAUAAGAUCGACGUUUUUUUGGGCCAAAUAAUUUUUGUAUAUUUAAGCUAGACCAAGUAAGAGCCAAUUAAAAUAACUUGACAUUUUCAUAUCUUUCGACUUAAACGUUCGUCAUGAGGAGAAUUGACGACAAAAAAGGAAAAGGAAUAAUAUCCCCUGAAAAAGUUAUAAUUGUUGUGUGCUUAUUUUCCGUACUGGAAAGAGACAACUUUCCCUUUUGUUAAGUAGAACAGAGUCAGUAAGGACCAAAAUUUCAGCCACUUGCUGUUGCCGUCGUCUGCCAUCAGUAGGGAUAUCUGUAAUCGGAAGUUGCGAACUCACUCCCAAAACCAUUUUAUUAUAACAUUAUAUCGAAACACACAAUCCCUAACAGGUGCAACAACGGUAUAUAAACAAAAUUAAUUUUCACUGAAGUAUUUUUGAGAACGUGAAAACCAACUUCUUCGCGUUCACAAAACAGCAACAACAAACGGCAAAAGUGAAAAAUGGCGGGAAAAUUUAUCGCUUGGUUUUCUCUGCCGGUUGUUCAGUUGUAAAUGUAAUUAGCUUAAUCUCAUCAUCCCGCGUCCACUACCGCUAAAUCUCCACAUGUUAAAGAUGUGUUUUAAUUUACAUGCAGCUCCACACUUGAGUGUACCUUUAAGACCAAAAGUAAUAAAAACACCAGGAGGCCAGCGCCUACUUAAUCCACUUCAGCUGAACAACUUGGCACAAAUAUUACCAGGUAUACCUAACUUCUAUCGCGCGAUACAAGUAAGGUAAUUAGAGCAUAGAAGUGCCCUAAGGUUUGCUUGCAACUUUAUUUUUGUUACCUCAGUUGCUAAAUCCAGGUUUGACAGCAGAUUUCUUCAAUUUGAAGAGUCUUGUUCUCAUCGAUGCAAUGAUGUAACGGGAAACGGGAACUUCCCAUUUCCCGUGCUCGUUCGCUGUUGCCUUCGCAGUUCUACGUUUCCGGGGAAAACGUUUUGAUCAAAGGUAAAAUAAAUAGAGGAGAAAGUAAAAACACAGGCCAAAAAACCUUACUAAAGAUUGAUCAAGGGCUUCGUUGGUAUUUUGCACUGAAAAAUAGUCGAAAAGUGUCAUUCAACUAUGGCGAUGAAUAGAACACUCUGAAAAGAUUUGCGGAAUCGAAAUUCACAGGUAUAUCGUUCACCCAGAUAUAUUUACCAUAGACUACCAAGACGUCGCCAAGAGUACCUAGUAAGCUACAGGAAGGAAAGUCAGAUACAUAAUGAGAAUAUUGCAUUUUACUCUUCCGUUCGUGUAGUAUUGGGGAGCCAAUAUGUGGCAUUACUGAGAAGUUAUUGAUAUUACAAUUAUAAGCAAGUAAUGUCAAACUGAGAAAAUGCUUAAAAAAGUUCCAUUAAAGAAGUUGACCAAAGAUAUCGCAGUGAGGUCCAAUAAAUCGAUGCAAAAAGAUGACUAACCGGCUAAAAAACUAAGGUUAACAAAUUAAAGUAAACAGUAGUUUUAAGAAUACUGUUUUUUUUUUAGAUAAUAUCCAUACCCGGGGUGAUCCUCUUUUUGUCUUGGAAUUGAUAUAGGAAUUUUCUGUUAUACUGUAUUUCAGCGCCUGUGGAUAAUUCAAGAGAUAGGAAAUUCCAUCCCUCUCGACCACUCAGUAAGAGAAUACUUUCCCUUUAUACCUACACUAGUUAAAACAUUCUUGUGGCACUUUGUUUUGGGGGUUUGAAAAAGUACAAGGAAACCCGACUCCACCAGCUCUCCAAAAAAAAUUACGCUGUAAUUAUACAAGGGGUGAUGAAUGGUCCAUUAAAAUUUUUAACUACUCGCAAAAUUGUACCUUUGCUCGAUUUGCUCGCAAAAUUUUAAACGAGUGCUCGCUUGUUCGUGCUCCCAAAAUUUUUGCAGUUGCGCACAAGCAACUUUGGGUUAAAGUAAAUGUAACUCUGUAUGAUGCUUAAUUCCUAUAAAUAUGGCUAUCAAGUUCAGUGGAAAUGAACGCCAUAAAUGACAACGAUAAAUAAUAAAUUAGCUAAUCUAGCUAUAUAUGGUUGUUCCAUAUGGUUGUUUUUCUUGCGUCCUUUGCUUUCUGAUCCGUACGAACACGUGCAUGAUAUGAAGUAAAGCGGAAAUGUGACGUCAUUUGGCAUCAAACGCGGCUGUAAUUGGUUAGAUCUCGAUAAGGUGUCACUCAAACUCAUCUUCAAAGAACUUGGUGCGCUCUAAAGUAAAACCCCGUUUUAAAAUAUUUUCUGUUUUAUUUUAAAGAAAAGGAUUUCCAUAUGGAUUGCUGCAAGCGGAAAAUAUAAGAAGUGCUCGCUGCUCGCGAGUUGUACUCUCUAAACUGCUCGCUGCUCGCAAAGCAAAUUUUUUAUUUCUGCUCGUGCUCGCAAAAAAAUCGCAGUGCUCGGCAUGCUCGCGGAUGCUCGCAAAGACCAUUCGUCACCCCUUAUACAGUUGUCUGAAAAUAAGGUGUUGGUCAUAAUACGGAGAGCGAAUCCGACCGCAAACUGCAGUAAUUAGAUAGGACUCUAGGACGGCAUUUUAUUUUCAGAUGUAACUCCUGCAAAAAUGAAAGAAUGCUAAAAAAAUAUCUUUUAUAUCGAAGCACAAAGGAAGCUCCAUCUUAUAAUGUUAUUGGAGAAACUUUCAAUCAAAAGCAUGAUCUGGCACAAUUCAGAUUAAAGCUAUAGCCCUACAUGGUAAUCGUAAAAAAGGCUUGUUUAUCUCUGACAGAUGGAUCAAGAAGAGUUUUUCACCCUCCAGGUCAGUAUCGAGCGUAAUUUUCAACACUUUUAACUUGCAAUAAGUUAUAGUAGUAUUUUGUGUGACAAAUGUCCGUGAAAUAAUGGAAUAAUGGGCAUCACCAGGGCUGUAUUUUUUAUGAGUAUGGAAAAUGAGUUAUAACACCUUAAACGAUGUCAGUUUAAGGGCUAUUUGUAUUGGUAAACAUUAAGGCGCACAAGGGUAGAAAGGUCCACUCGACGGAGUUGAACCCGAAUUCUUUAAGAUAAAACACCCAAGAAUAUUACCACACUCCCUGGAUGGAACGCGAUGCCAUGGCAGGGUAACCUUCAGCAGUGUCCGCUGUACUCGCAGGUGAAGAGCGAAUAUGUCAAGCAAAGUUUCAAACGUGAGGAAAAAACACAACGUUAGUACUUGAGUUCUGGGCGUGAACUGCUCGACCACCUUUAAUUUCUGUUAGUUUAGGGUCAAAUUUGAUGAGCUACGUGAAACGGUAAAUUUAUCCUUUAACUAACAUCUUUUCUAAAUGUCAAAAGUAUAUAUGCUUCCAGUGUGGUUGUUGAGGCACAGCCUCUGAUAUCUAAGUAAACCAUUUUUCAGGUACUUGUAGCAGUGUAUCGUUAUCUGAAAGCAGGAGGAAAAAGUGUGUACGCCAUGUAUAUUUCUUUAAAGUGCAAUUUACUCGUAAGCUUAUCCAGAAAGAAGCUUCAACUGUAAAAAUCCCAACAUGGGUGAACUUUGCAAAAACUUUAAGAUAUACUCAGUAUUCUGUCGUAAAACAGUCGAACAACCGAGUACUGAAAGCUUUUAGUUAAAGUAAAGCUCAGCAUCUUUUUUUCUCGCCAGGUUAUUUUAGUAUCGGUUGCUGGAGAGACCAGCCUGAGAGGGCUUUACCAAGCCUGGAGGGAAUAUUUCCAAUGUUGGAUGGAAACGAUUACAAAGCGCGAAAAUUUCCCAUUAAGAAAUGCGCCACAAUAGCCAAAGUUCAAGGAUUUCCAGCCUUUGCCUUAGAAAAUGGUGGCCAAUGUUUAGGUGGGAAGGAUAUUCUACAGACAUACAACAUGUAUGGGGCCUCUAGGGCGUGUCAGGCGGAUGGACGAGGAGGUCCCUGGAGUAUGGAGGUGUAUAAGUUCACAAGUGAGUUGUUUAUCAUGUGUGGACAAGAUAAAGCGAAUCUUGUGUUAUGAUUGGCUACCAGAGCGGACAGGAUGGCUGCACCUUGCCCGCUGGGGAUUUCCUUAAGAAAAAGAGGGCUUUUUGGCCAUAUAAUAAUCUUUUAUUGGCCAAGCUUGUUCGGUCAAGAUGGCUGGAUAUUCAGGCUCGUUUUUUUAGCAUUGUUAUGGACGGACGGAGACGGUCAGCAUCUAGCAAUCUUGAUUGAACAAGCUUGGUCAAUAACCCAUAUUAUGGGUAUUGUGUUUGACAUAGCUCUAAAAUGCACUUUGUUUGAGUGUCAAUGUAUUUGGGACACCAUUUUUACCUCUCCUACUGGAGAUCAUCCGAGCCACGGAAGGGCUAGCCGCUUGCAGUGCAAAGGGAGUACCUUCAUUUCUCAGUUAUUUUAAGACCCUGAGUAUGGGUCCGAGAAUCGGCAAUCGAACCCGCGACCUCCUGAGGGAUUGACCUAAUUUCGAACCCGCGGUAAAAUCACAAAGAAACGAGUGAUAAGUUAACAACCGACCGGGGGUUACAUUGUGGUCUGGAGAAUCGUGCUCUUUUUAUCUUUAAAUUGGGAAGAGCGACAAUCCCGACGAAACCAUUGCCUCUUUAAUUACUGCUUAAAGUCAAAUUUAUAUAUGGUAUAAAGGUUCAUUUUCAUUUUGGCAUCAACUCAGUGAAAAUAACUUUGUUUUUCAUAUCUGUUUCCAGAACAUACACCAUCCCGUCGAGGUGGAAUUCCUCGCUUGAAAAGCGUAAACCCUCCACUGGGUAGAAAACAUUAACUUCUAUAGUCAGUAAAGAGAAAAAAUGAAGGCUUACGGAGUCAGCUCAUGGUAUGCUAUACGCAGAUGCAGACUGUACUGUCAUAACUCAUGAGAACGAAACACAACUCUAUCACUCGUUCCAGCUUCUUUGUUUUGUUCGUUAAUGUGGUUCAUCUGAGAAACAAGUUAAAUAUACUGAACAAGCUAUCCACCGGCAUUGGGGAUAUUGAUGAAUCUACUUAAAUUUAGAUGUAGUUGCAGUUUUUGCACUGAAAAAUAGUCGAAAAGUGUCAUUCAACGAUGGCAAUGAAUAGAACACCGUCUUAAGAUUUGCAGAAUGGAAAUUUACGGGUAUAUCUUUCACCCAGAUAUAUUUACCAUAGGCUCCCAAGACGUCGCCAAGAGCACAUAGUAAGCUACAGGAAAGCCAGUUAGAUACAUAAUGAGUAUACUGCAUUUUACUCUUCCGUUCGUGUAGUAUUGGGGAGCCAAUAUGUGGUGCCAAUGUUAUUUACCGGUAUGUGCAAUUCGCUUAUACGAAAACAGUGCAUAACCAACAUAAACUCUUUGAUUAGGAUGACAUAGAAGCUUUGAUCCUGGGAAAACAACGAUCACAACAACAACAACAACAAAAGCAAUCUAGCAGUUUCAAAGGUUUUUCAAGGUAUGAGCUUGACCUUGUGUACCAUACAACAAAUUCCCCAUGCAAGGAACUCGUACGUACAACGGGACAGGUGGUCCUUUGUAAUGCUUGCAUCAUGCCUCAGUAAUGGUGUAUCUAUUCUGCGUGUACCUUAUUCUCACUUUGUAAGCUCAUAC